AUGACAAAACCUCGUCAAUUACCUUAUGGUUUAACAACUUUUAAAGAAGGGAGUCUUCGAUCUAUUGACCAGGGAAAAAUUGCUGCUUUUGAACGCGCAACACCGAAAAAAACGGCAUAUGAUAAGGCAAGAGAAGAAGCAAAUGCAAGAAAAAAGAGGGAGGAAGAGGAAGCAAAAGUAAUAUAUGAAGAUUUCGUAAAAAGUUUUGAUGAUGGUUCGGGAGAAUAUAAUACAAGUUCAUUUUCUCCGAAUAUGCAUAGAGGAGUUUCAUGUAGUAAACGUCAUUUUGCUGGAUUGUCUUCCGAUGCGGAAAAUGUAUCAAAUCGUAAAAGGAAUUUAGAUAUUUUUCUUGAAGAAAUUAAAAGUAAUCAACAAAAAGAAAUUUUUAAAGUGUCUCGCAAUACUAAUGCAGGAAUUUUUUCUACAGAAACAUGUGAAGAGUCAUCUGGCUCUCGUCCUCGAAGUCUUCAUUUAACUUCGUUGCCUCCUUCUACUACACAACAAUCUCUUUCAACUUUACUUUUGCCAUAUGGGAAAAUUACGUCUAUUAAUAUUCUUCCUUCAAGGUCUACUGAUGAUCAAUUUAAAAAAGGAGUUUCCGCUUUUGUAACUUUCGAGAAUCCUAAAGACGCUGAAAUGGCUAAGAGUAAUCUUGAUGGGACAUAUCUUGGACAUGGGUGGAGAGCAAGAGUUAUAUGGGGAAAAGAGUUAAAAUCUUCUACUUUUUGUAAUUAUGUCGAUACUCAUAAUAUUAAACUUCCAUUCAAUGCUAAACAAGGAACAAUGGGUUUUAAUCGAGCACCGCCUCCUGGAGGAAUUGCUGGUGGAAGAAUCGUUCCAUCAUCGACAUUAAAUAGAAUUGAAGUUGUUGUUUCGAAGCCUAAAGAUUUGAAAUUGUUAAGAAGAAUUCAUAGGGUAAUUGAAAAAGUUGUUGAAUAUGGUGUAGAAUUUGAGGCUUUCCUUAUGAAAAGAGAGUGUAAUAAUCUUGAUUAUGAAUUUUUAUUUGAUUCAACAACUCCUGAGCAUGUUUAUUACAGAUGGAAAUUGUUUUCUUUGUUAAAUGGUGAUUUUCCAUAUAAGUGGUUAAAAGAACCUUUUCAAAUGUUUACAAAUGGUGCUUGGUGGAUACCACCGGAAAAUACGGAUGAUGAUGACGAUGAUUUUCCUGAUGAUAAUUUUGAGAAAAGAAGGCAAAUGUCGUAUUUAGGUUCUGCCUCCAGAUAUCACUUUGAUUGGUUGCUUCGUGAAAUUUCAUAUCGUCGUGGGAAUAUUGCAAGGGCUAUGUCGUUUGCAAUAGAACAUGCAAGUGCUGCUGAUGAGAUUGUCGAAAUAUUGAUAUCUUCAUUAAUACAAUCGCAUGCUUCGAUUUCUACUAAAAUUGCAAGGUUAUAUUUAGUUAGUGAUAUAUUGCAUAAUUCAUCUAUUGCAAUUCCUAAUGUUUGGAAAUAUAGGCAAUUACUUGAACAGAAUUUAUCUGUUGUUUUCUUACAUUUUUCUGAAAUUUAUAAAUCAUUUGAUGGACGUAUUAAAGCUGAUAAUUUUCGUCGUCAAAUUGUAAAUAUUACUAGUGCAUGGGAAAGUUGGAUAGUUUUUGGUCAAGGUGUAUUGGAAAAUUUUUUGGAAAUUUUUCUUGGUAAAAAAAAAUCUGAUUUGAAAGAGAAAAAUCUUUUAAAUGUUCCUGAAAUUAAUAAAUCUUCAGAAAGUACAAAAACAGGAUUUGGAAGGUCAGUAUGGAAAAAAAUUUCGGAUAAUUUAGAUGAUAGCUCUUCAAAUAUUAAUGAUACUUUUUCUAAUGUAGAAGUCAAGAAUUCGGAAAUAAGUAGUUUAUGCAUUCAAGAAAAAAGUAUAUUUAGGAUUAUUAAUUCUAAAUUUUUGGAUAAUUUAGAUGGCGAGCCUAUGCAGAAUUUAGAUGGUGAACCUAUGCAGAAUUUAGAUGGCGAGCCUAUGCAGAAUUUAGAUGGUGAACCUAUGCAGAAUUUAGAUGGCGAGCCUAUGCAGAAUUUAGAUGGUGAACCUAUGCAGAAUUUAGAUGGCGAGCCUAUGCAGAAUUUAGAUGGCGAACCUAUGCAGAAUUUAGAUGGCGAGCCUAUGCUAAAUUUAGAUGGCGAGCUUAUGCUGAAUUUAGAUGGUGAACCUAUGCAGAAUUUAGAUGGCGAGCCUAUGCUGAAUUUAGAUGGUGAACCUAUGCUGAAUUUAGAUGGUGAGCCUAUGCUGAAUUUAGAUGAAGAGUGUUUUGUAAAAAAUGAUGAUAAUAAAGAUAUUUCAAGAAAAAGUAAUUUACUUUCAGGGAAUUUAAAGAGUCAUGCAAUAAAAUUUGAUCUUUCUUCUGGGAAAAAUUCAGCUACAUUUUCUAGAUUAUCGAAUUCAUUUAAUAUUCCUCAUGAAAAUUCCGAUAAUUGUUCAUUGUCUGGAACACAGGAUGUGGAAUUACAAAAGUUGUUUUCUGGAAGGAUGAAAGCAUCAGAUGGCUUUAGUGACUACAGUUGGAUAUAA